AGGGGCAAGCAAAGCUUGUCCCAGCGCCGAGUAGUGGCAACGGCGUGUGGCGUCUGGGGUGCCUGGGAGCUCGGAGUCCCGGGGGCCUGAAAUCGGCAGCUCCCUAGGCAGACACACUCCCCCUCAGGAAGAGGCGCUGCCGAAUCAGCGCGGGGCAGCGGGACCGCCCCGAGGGGCUUCCUUAGUGGAGGAGAGGUGGGGUUACAGGGCACAGGUGACAGGGCCGGAGAAAGAUGGAGCAGCCCGGGGCGGCGGCGCCGGGAGCGGGAGGCGGCAGCGAGGAACCCGGUGGGGGCCGGAGCAACAAGCGGAAUGCGGGGAACCGGGCCGCCAACGAAGAGGAAACGAAAAACAAGCCCAAAUUGAACAUUCAAAUAAAAACUUUGGCAGAUGAUGUGCGUGACCGAAUUACAAGUUUUAGAAAAUCUACUGUCAAAAAAGAAAAACUUCUUAUUCAACAUCCUAUUGAUUCUCAAGUUGCGAUGAGUGAAUUUCCAGCAGCUCAGCCGUUAUAUGAUGAACGAUCUUUGAAUUUGUCAGAAAAGGAAGUACUGGAUCUCUUUGAGAAAAUGAUGGAGGACAUGAACCUUAAUGAAGAACGGAAAGCUCCUUUACGAAACAAGGAUUUUAUCACGAAGCGUGAGAUGGUUGUCCAGUAUAUUUCUGCUACAGCCAAAUCCAUAGUUGGAAGUAAAGUUACGGGAGGGCUGAAAAACAGCAAACAUGAAUGCACCCUAUCUUCACAAGAAUAUGUUCAUGAAUUACGAUCUGGUAUUUCCGAUGAAAAACUUCUUAACUGCCUAGAAUCUCUGAGGGUUUCUUUAACCAGCAAUCCUGUCAGCUGGGUCAACAACUUUGGCCAUGAAGGUCUUGGACUCUUAUUGGAUGUGCUGGAAAAGCUUCUGGACAAGAAACAGCAAGAAAAUAUUGACAAGAAGAAUCAGUAUAAACUUAUUCAGUGCCUCAAAGCAUUUAUGAAUAAUAAGUUUGGAUUGCAAAGGAUUCUAGGAGAUGAAAGAAGUCUUUUACUAUUGGCAAGAGCAAUUGACCCCAAACAACCCAACAUGAUGACUGAAAUAGUAAAAAUACUUUCUGCUAUUUGCAUUGUUGGAGAAGAGAACAUUCUAGAUAAACUUUUAGGGGCUAUAACUGCAGCAGCAGAAAGAAAUAACAGAGAACGAUUUUCACCAAUUGUGGAAGGAUUAGAAAAUCAUGAAGCUUUGCAAUUACAGGUGGCCUGCAUGCAGUUAAUAAAUGCCCUUGUCACUUCACCUUAUGAGCUUGAUUUUCGAAUACAUUUAAGGAAUGAAUUCCUCCGUUCAGGACUAAAAGCAAUGUUACCAGAUCUCAAAGAAAAAGAGAACGAUGAGCUUGAUAUUCAGUUGAAAGUAUUUGAUGAGAACAAAGAAGAUGACCUAACUGAAUUAUCACAUCGUCUCAAUGACAUUCGAGCAGAAAUGGAUGAUAUGAAUGAAAUAUACCAUCUUCUGUAUAAUAUGUUGAAGGAUACAGCUGCUGAAAAUUACUUAUUAUCCAUUCUACAACAUUUUCUGCUCAUCCGAAAUGAUUAUUAUAUAAGGCCACAGUAUUACAAAAUAAUUGAGGAGUGUGUCUCACAGAUAGUGCUGCACUGCAGUGGUAUGGACCCAGAUUUCAAGUAUAGACAAAGAUUAGACAUUGAUUUAACUCAUCUGAUAGAUUCUUGUGUGAACAAAGCAAAAGUUGAAGAAAGUGAACAAAAAGCAGUGGAAUUUUCAAAGAAGUUCGAUGAAGAAUUCAUAGCUCGACAGGAAGCUCAAGCUGAACUUCAGAAAAGAGAAGAAAAAAUCAAAGAACUUGAAACAGAAAUCCAGCAACUUCGAACCCAGGGACAUGGACUCUCAGGUUCUUCAGGAAUUUCCGGUGUUCCUCCAUUGUCAGGUGUGGUUCCACCACCCCCACCACCACCACCACCUCUAUUCGGAGGAUCACUCCCUCCCCCUUCUGCCCCGCCUUUACCUGAAAUGACUGGUUGUAUACCACCACCACCACCACCACCACCACCUUUGUUUGGCGGACCUCCUCCACCACCCCCUCUUGGAGGAGUUCCUCCUCCCCCAGGAGCACCAGUUGAUCUGCCUUAUGGAAUGAAGCAGAAAAAAGUAUAUAAACCUGAGGUGUCCAUGAAGAGAAUCAAUUGGCCAAAGAUUGAACCCAGAGAAUUAUCUGAGAACUGUUUCUGGUUAAAAGUUAAGGAGGACAAGUUUGAAAAUCCAGAUCUCUUUGCAAAACUGGCACUGAAUUUUGCUACCCAGAUAAAAGUUCAAAAGAAGGUAGACGCUUCAGAAGAAAAGAAGGCUGUACCUACAAAGAAGAAAGUGAAAGAGUUGAGAAUUUUGGAUGCCAAAUCAGCCCAGAAUCUGUCUAUCUUCCUUGGAUCAUAUCGUAUGCCAUAUGAAGAUAUCAAAAACAUUAUUCUGGAGGUCAAUGAAGACAUGUUGACUGAGGCCUUAAUUCAGAACCUCAUAAAACAUCUUCCUGAGCAGAAGGUACUCAAUGAAUUAGCACAGCUGAAGAAUGAGUAUAAUGACCUUUGUGAGUCUGAACAAUUCGGAGUUGUGAUAAGCUCAGUGAAAAUGUUGCGGCCUCGUCUCAAUAGCAUUCUUUUCAAACUCACAUUUGAAGAGCACGUAAACAACAUCAAACCAAGCAUCAUAGCAGUAACUCAUGCCUGUGAAGAACUGAAGAAAAGCGAAAGCUUUAACAGACUUUUAGAGUUAGUUCUUUUGGUUGGGAACUACAUGAACUCUGGCUCAAGAAAUGCCCAGUCUUUGGGUUUUAAGAUCAACUUCCUUUGUAAGAUCAGAGAUACUAAAUCGGCAGAUCAAAAAACAACCCUCUUGCAUUUUAUUGCUGAAAUUUGUGAGGAGAAAUACGGGGAUAUCCUGAAAUUUCCUGACGAACUGCAACAUGUAGAAAGUGCAAGCAAAGUUUCAGCUCAAAUUCUGAAGAGCAACCUUGUAGCAAUGGAACAACAAAUUGUUCGUCUGGAAAGUGACAUCAAGAAAUUCCCUGAAACAGGAGAUCGACAUGAUAAGUUUGUGGAAAAGAUGACAAGCUUUUCAAAAAGUGCCAGAGACCAGUAUGAGAAACUACUCACCAUGCACAACAACAUGGUAAAGCUCUAUGAGAAUCUGGGAGAGUACUUCAUUUUUGACUCGAAGACCGUGAGCAUAGAAGAGUUUUUUGGCGAUCUCAGCAACUUCCGUACUUUGUUUCUGGAAGCAGUGAAAGAAAACAACAAGAGACGAGAAAUGGAAGAGAAGACCAGGAGGGCAAAGCUUGCAAAAGAGAAAGCUGAACAAGAAAAGUUAGAACGUCAGAAGAAAAAGAAACAACUCAUUGAUAUGAACAAAGAGGGCGAUGAGACUGGAGUGAUGGAUAAUCUUCUAGAAGCCCUACAAUCAGGUGCAGCGUUUCGAGACCGCAGAAAACGGAUUCCCAGGAAUCCAGAUAACAGACGAGUACCUUUGGAAAGGUCACGCUCUCGCCACAAUGGAGCUAUCCCAGCUAAGUGAUUCCUGAUGCCAAAGAAUAUAAAAAUACUUAAGUAAAGAAAAUCAUACAUUUUGAGAACAAAACAUGCACCCACAGGGAUGGAGAGGAAAGAAGCACGUUUCUGCAAAGAUCAAGCUAAACCGGAUCAAACAGCCUGCAUUUCUAAAGCUAUUAUUGCAAGACUCCUCCUACAAUUAUACUAAUACGAACAUAAUUACUGGGAUUAUAAAAUGUGUGUUCCAUUUUAGUGUAAAGAUGUGUAUUAUUUCUUAGUGCGUGUGACCUGAUGGUGAUGAUGAAAAAUUAAGAAAUUGAAGAGUUCUAAGGCUUUCAAAAACAUUCUGUCUGUCAGAAAUUUACUGUUACUCAAAUUUGCAGGUCACCCCCCCACCACCACCAAACAAAAAGGAAGAAAAGAGAAAAAGAAUAGAAAGAAAGAAUUAUUCACUGUCUGCUUCUGAUUCCUGUGAUAUAGAAAAGGAAAAGGCCACUGAAAAUGUGCAUGUUAAUAAUUUGGAGACGCGCGAAUAUUGCACAUUCUGUAAGAGAAGCCACUUUGGAGACUCAAAACAAGUAACUGCUUCCCAACCCCGCCCCCCACCCCACCCCACCCCCUCAAGUUAUUUAGAAUCUGAUCCCAAGUGAAAGCUGCUGUAUUCACCUGCUUUGGCUGAAAUUAAACUUAGGCUUCAUGGAGAGUUUCAGUAUGCUAUUGCAGGAACUUAUUGCUUAAAGUAAACCAAAGGUUAACAGAAGCAGUUAGAGAGCGUGAUUUAAACUUUAUUUAGAGAAAGUGAUUUAAACUUUAUUUAAGGAAGUAUUUUCUAAUUGUGCACAUAUACCUGAGCUACUUUAUACAAAUAUUUUAUAUGGAUAUUUUUGAGAAAAACCUCACAUUUUAAUGCUAAGGAUGAACCUGAAGAUUCUAUUACCUUUAUUUAGAUUUUAAAAGGUAAAUAUUGAUUCCUUAUCUCUGUGGUCUAUUUCGUCUCUCUAUCGCUUUUUUCUCCCAUGACCCCCACCCCCCUUGACAACAGGGAAUAGAGUUCUAGAAGACCUGAGAGGAAACAGAUUUCUCUCUGCAGGAGGCAGCAGAAAACUAAAAGGUCAAUUGUUUUAUCUGCCUUUCUACUCCCCUUUCCAAUUCUGCCUUGGUGGUCUGAAGAAGACAAAGAAAUUAGAUGUAUGUAUGUGUGUGUGUGUAUAUAUGUGUAUAUAUUUAUAUCUCCUGCUAAAAUAAUUCAACAUCCCAGUGAACUUCUCAGGCAUCAUCAAACUUACUUAUAUUAACAAAUUAAAAUAAUGCCACCAUAAACAACUCUAGGGGGAGAAUAAGCUCUACAUUUUUCUUAAAUCGAUGAGAGCGUAUGAGUUAUACUUGUGUAUUAUUUGCAAGUAUGCAUUGAAAUAAUGUAGUAUAACUUUUCUGGAGUGCAAUUUUAAGACUAAUCCAUGCAGAUGUUUGUGACAAUUGUAAAAGAUUCCUUAUAUGUGUAUAUAAUAUCUUAUAUAGAGAAUCCUAUCUCUACUCCUCCGAAGCACCUUCCAGACAUUCAGAAAGAACAAAGGACUGGCUUGGCAAGUCACCAGCUGAGAUAAACAAGUGACCAAUAGAUCAGUUUCUUUUAUAUCGAUGUCUGAUGACUCAGACUGCUGCCUUUGCCUCCAGUGCAUUCUUACUUGGGUAUUACACUUUAAAAAGCUCUGAAGCUGCUACAAUCGAGAACUCAAAAAGGAUAACAGUAUCCGAGAGUGUAAAUCUUAAGACAGGUGCACAGGCACACACAGGUAAUUUUAAGGGACAUAUCCAUUUCACACACUGUUUUGAGUUUUUUAACAACAACAAGAUUUAGGUUCUACUAAUUUAUGUAAAUGCGUAAUGUAUGUAUUUUUGACUUCAGAAAGUCUUUUCUGAACGCUUCAUGGUAUGGCUUCUUUGAGUCUUAUGAUAGCUUUUUAGGAUGUAGGGAAAAUGAUAUUUUGAAAUAGUAACUAUGACUGAAAUUUAGGGGCAUUUGCCAUGCCAUAUUAUCAGGCUGGUCAAGGUAGAAAUACUGAUGUGUAUCACCUUUUCCAGAUGUGAACCUGCCUUAUUUUCUAGUUUGUGAAAGAGAAUGAAGUACUAUUACUGAUAAAUUAUAUAUUUGUAUGUAGAGUAAUCCCACAUGCUUUCGCAAACAUUGUGAAGCCUCUUCAGGGUCUUUCAUGAAGUUCUGACAAUUGAGUUCAGGGGAUCACUUCCCAGAUUUAUAAUGAUCCUGCUCUAGCCAUUUGCAGUUUUGUUUUAGCUAGACAAGUAUCACCUCAAAAAGUACAUAGUGCCAUUUUUAAUAUAGAACCAAAUUGUACUUAA